AUGGUCAUCACCAGGAGCCAAGGAGACGCUGCCGAGAUGGACGCCCAGCGCCGCCCAGAGGAGCCGCACCGCUCAGAGGAGCCGCGCCGCCCUGGCACCCCCCACCGCCUAGAUCAGCGUCGUCCAGACCUGCGCCGCCCAGAGGACCUGCGCCGCCCAGAGGAUCUACGUCGCCCAGAGGAUCUGCGCCGCCCAGGGGAACAGCAACGCUUGGAAGAUCAGCAGCACAUGGAAGAACAGCAACACCUGGAAGGUCAACCCCGUGUGGAAGAUUGGAGCCAGGGAGCUAAACAAAUUGAACUGGAGCGAAGACGAAGACUGUCUCUGAAUCCACCAGCAUCACCAACCACGCCCAUGGAUACGGAGGUUGGGCUAGGGGCUACGAACGACGCCUCUGCCCCCACAACCUCUGCUGCCUACAGACCCUUGAAGACUGGAGACCGACCCCGAACCAGGUCACCAGGGCAUUCAGUGCGAUCGACGGCAAGCGUGGCUGCUAGAGUACGGCUGGCAGAACUUGAAGCUGCAGAGAAGCUUGCAGCCCUGAGGAAGAAGGAAUUGGAGAUCGAAGCUGAACUCGUCAGAAAGCGACUGGCUGCAGACAUCACCAAUAUCCAAGAGGAGCAGGAGAGCCUGCAUGAAGAGAACCUCGACCACCAACAGAAGGUGGACACAUGGCUCCGCACCAACCCCGUCAGUGCACGGGGGGAGGAGGAGGAGCAGAGAAGGAGGGGAGGGGAACAACACCUCCGGUUCAACGUUAGAGGAAGAUCACCCACUCCGACCAGAAGGAAACCAGGGAUUGAGCAUUUGGCUGAAGCCCUAGAGAAGAUGGCUAGACCCAGAAUAAGAUGCGCUGACCUACCGAUCUUUUCUGGAAUAGCCAACGAGUGGCUGUCGUUCAGAGCAGCCUAUCAAGACUCUACGAGGAUAUACCAGAUAUCAGCGAACGAGAACCUGCAGAGACUGAGGAGCUGCCUGCGGGGAGAAGCAAGAAACGUCGUAGCCGGCCUGUUACAUGCCGCUACAGAUCCUGACGUCGUGAUGAAGACCCUCGAACAGUGCUUCGGAAAGCCUGAGGUCAUCAUAGAUCAAGCUUUCCUGGAAUUAAAGAAGCUUCCGAGACCCGGAUCAUCAGCAGUAGACCUGAACAGUUUUGCAGUGAAGGUUCAAAGCGUAGUCAGCAUCCUGAACAGCAUCGGACGCCAGGGCUACCUCUACAACCCAAUGCUUGCGAGAGAGGUCUUGGACAAACUGAGUCCACACAUCAGAGCACGCUGGUGUGACUACGCCGAGGAACAUGAAGUUACACUACAACCAGAGAUUGUAGUGCUGUCUCGCUUUCUCAUGCGCGAGGCAGACCGGGCAUUGAAGCAUGCAUAUGCCCCACCUAUGAGCGUCUCAACACCUGCUGCAACCCGGAGGGAGACCAGACCCUCGAUGAACACCGGGAACCAGAGGAAGAAGAUGAGCGCCGUGUAUAACGUGACUGAAGCUGAAGAGGAACAAGUCAGCCAAUGUCCUAGCUGUGAGCAGACUCACGCACUGCCACAGUGCCCCAAGUACAAAGGGCUCUCGCUAGAUGAACGAUGGGAACUGGUGAAGGAAAAGAAGUUAUGCUUCAAGUGCAUAACUAAGAAGCACAGACGCAGCAAUUGUAAAGCGAAGCUAUGCGGUGUGAACGAGUGUCGCAGUCCACACCAUCCGACCCUGCACCGAGAGGAGAAGACACCCAAACCCUUGAUAAAUGAAACCGAAGCCGUGCUGUCGGUGGCAACCAAAGCCACUGUGUCAACUCAAUCGGUUCUUCUGAAGAUGUGCCCAGUCACCGUCGUCGGGCCACGGGGGGAGGAGAAGACCUAUGCUCUACUGGACGAAGGGGCUACCAUCACCCUCAUCGACGAGGAGCUGGCAAAGAAAAUCGGCGCCAAGGGACCUCUCACACCACUUCACAUGCACGGGGUCAACAUGACUCAGCACGAGGAAGAUAGUCAGCUGGUAACGGUACACCUGGAGGGGAAGGAUGGAAAGAGACACAAGCUUCGAGCACGAACGAUCAAGAACAUGAAGCUUCACCAGCAGUCCAUUCCCAGCGCGUUACUGAAGCAAGAGCACCUACGAGAUCUGCCAAGAGAGGAAGUGUGCUACGACCAGGCACACCCUGGCAUCCUGGUGGGGACAGACCACUGGGAGUAUAUUGUAUCCCGGGAACUACGAGUUGGAGGCCCGAAUCAACCAGCCGCCUCUAGAACACAACUCGGCUGGGUGGUACAUGGAACAGCACCACGCAGCGUAAUCCAUAACCAGGAUGGCGUUCUUCAUGUCUUCACUGUCGAACCUGGUGGAGGCUUGAAGAAGCAGCAAGAUCAACGCCUUCAUGACCUGGUGGAGGAACAUUUUCGGAUCGACGCGCUCGGCAUCGCUCACAAGUCACGGGUGAGCGAGGUGAACUCCCGGGCAACAAAGAUCGUCGAGCAAACCUUAAAGAAGGUCGAAGGUGGAUACCAGGUGGGAUUGCCCUGGAAACAAGACGACAUUAAGAUGCCGCCUAGUUUCGACGCAGCACUUCGCCGUCUUACGAAGAUAGAACAGAAGAUGGAUGCCGCACCUGCCUUCGCCAAAGAAUACACCAAACAGAUAGAAAACCUGCUUGCAAAAGGAUACGCUGUGCCAUGCAACGGCACGGAGCGUUCGAGCCCGUUAGAGGCACAACAGCGAUACACGUUAUUCCAGCGCGGGCUUUGGGAAGCAGCUCAACACAUCCCUCGUGGUGGUAUUAGAGACUUCAGUACGUUUAGGCAGUUACGUAUGCUAUCCACUAUUGGAGCCUCCGCUCUCCCUCCAGACCAGUUAGAUAGAUACAACCGUAUAAUCAAUGACAUGCUAGCAGUAUACAAUUCUGCGGAGAUUUGUGCGUACAAUGAACCAUUUAAAUGUGGUUUGCAUCUUCAACCUGAGCUUCAGUAUAUUAUGUCACACUCGCGGGACUGGGAUGAGCUUCAGCACGCUUGGACUGAGUGGAGGAGGAACACAGGCAGGAGAAUCAGAGACCUGUAUGAACAACUGGUGGAUUUAACUAAUCAAGCUGCUAGGCUUAACAAUUUUACUGACGCCUCAGCAUAUUGGAUGUUUCCAUAUGAAAAUCAGAAUAUGAGACAAGAAGUUGAUGAUGUUUGGCAACAGGUGAAACCGUUGUACGACUUACUCCACGCGUACGUACGUCGUCGUCUGCGUGAGUCGUACGGCCCAGAGCGUAUCUCCCGCUCCGCACCCCUUCCUGCACACGUUCUUGGUGAUAUGUGGGGACAGAGCUGGUCGGGCAUCGCACCCUUCACCCUGCCAUAUCCUGGGAAGAAGCUCGUUGAUGUUACACCAGAGAUGAUUCAACAAGGUUACACACCAUUGACAAUUUUCCAAUUAGCAGAAGAGUUCUUUGUAUCUAUGAAUAUGUCGGCGAUGCCUCCAGACUUCUGGGCCCUCAGUGUGUUUGAGCAGCCCGCGGAUAGACACAUACAUUGUCAACCAUCCGCUUGGGACUUUUGCAAUGGACAUGACUUCCGCAUCAAAAUGUGCACGCACCCCGACAUGAAGGACUUGAUCACAGCUCAUCAUGAGAUGGCGCAUAUAGAAUACUUCCUGGCUUACAGAAACCAACCUAAGGUGUUCCGUGAUGGCGCCAAUCCAGGUCAGUUAUUAAUUUACAAUACACAG